UAGAUCAUUCAGUAUUUGAAUUCUCUGCAAGAAGGAACUAGCUACCUAUAAUUCUUAUAAUUCAAAAUGAAGCUCAUUUUCGGAAUAAUUUUGACUAUUUUUGUAUUUGCUUCAAUUAUUGGAGCUGAAAAACCUGCGGCUUGUUUACAACCACAUUCAGUUGAUGGUGAUGGAAUGAUGAGAUGCAUGGCAUUAUUUCAAAAAUGGUCUUAUAAUGCCGAUGAGGAUAAAUGUGUUGAGUUUAAUUAUGGUGGCUGCAGAGGAAAUGACAAUCGAUUCAACUCGAAGGCAGCAUGUGAAGCACUUUGUAUGAAUUAAUUUUUGUGAAUAAAAUAAUAAAAGGUUUAAAUUAAAACAA